CCGAGCCGAGCCCGGCGAUGCCGCGGGGGCUCUGAGGCGCCAUGGGCUGCGGGGGCAGCCGGGCCGACGCUAUCGAGCCCCGCUACUACGAGAGCUGGACACGGGAGACCGAGUCCACCUGGCUGACCAACACCGACUCGGAGAGCCCGCCGCCGGGCGACGGCGCCGCCGAGCCCGCCCCCCGGCCCGGCCCCGGCCCCGGCCCCGGCCCCGGCCCCGAUAUUUUAGAAGAUGGAAAAUCAACUCAGACAGGUGUAACUACCACAUCAACCACACCUGGAAUUCUGAACACAGAGAAAAAACCCAGCUCUGGUCCUCAGUGUGCAAACCCCACGGUUCCCACCUCUGGAGCUGCAGCGCAGAGGCCCAACAGCUUCAGAACAGCAGAGAGCAAACGGGACACCAGGAAAACGCCCCCAAAAGAAGUCACCAUUAACGUUACAAAAAGCAUCAGACAAAGCGACAGAAGGAUAGUAAAGAGUUGCGUCAAAUAACAGCAUAAAGCAAAAGUGAGGAUGGACCUACGGACACUUUGGUGCACUUUAAAAAUCAGCCAGAAGAUCACCGAAUGCCCUGUGUUGAAUACAGGAGGCAGCUGCUGCCGAGCGCCUUCGGAAACGUCCUGCAGAAAGGAGCUGCAAACCCCGUUCGAGGCUCCAACGUCACUUGCCUAAUGCAGGGGCACUUCGCGGACAUAUGCCAAAAUUUGUGCCAUUUGUUUUUACGAAGGCCUAUGUUCUGCAUUGCUGUUAGGAUGAGAGGUAUCGUUCAUCUUAAUUUAAAGCAGCAAAGGGAAAAAUGAAUCAGCCUUUUUAGUCAUAAGGAGUUUGAAGUAUGUACACUCGGUUCUACAGAGUUCAUUUAAAGAGCUCGUUUCUAUAGAGCUCAAACCCAGAUCUCUCAGAAAUAAAGACACAUGGAUGGCUUCCAUUACAACUCUUUUAAACUAUAUAUAUAUAUAUAUCAGUUAUAUACAAUUAUGUCAUAUAUUAUCCUUUUUAUACAUUCAUGUUUUAAAGAGUUUUAAUUUAUUUUCUGUGCUGACAGAAUUUAUGUCUUAAAAACAAUAACUUACAUAUUCCAGCCUUACUUGAAGUUCAUUGUAUUAGCUGGCUGGUAGAAGUCUGGCCAGUCUCCUUUUUAGACAUACUCCCUUAAUUAUUUUGAGACACAAACUCUCCUCACUAGACUCUGGAAAAUAGUGAUCACUCACUUUAUAUGACAAUAACCAUACUUCUUAAAACAAUAUUCCACUGAUGAUAGCUCCAAAAAUUAACUUUAUUUGAUUAGACAUAGUUGAUUUGAUGGGCAGAACAUGUAUUUAAUUGCAUUGUAUGUAUCCUGUAUCAUAGCACUCUGUGAUUAUCAUAAAUACACAGCUAAAAGGAAUAUAAAUGUUCAGUGUUGUAAAGUCCAGCAAUGAGUUUAACAUAGUACUUCUUAAUACAGAAGUAGUAAUA